GCCCCCAGCCGCGGAAAACUUCCGGUCUGCGAGCCGCUCUGGCGGAGGGGUCGCCGGCUGGAGGGACCUGUGUUGGCUGUCCUGUUCGCUCGGGACAGGUGUCCGAGCCACAGUCCUCGUCGUCUGCGUUGCUGCCCCGAGACGGCGCGAGUUGGCGGGCGGCGUCCCUGACGUCCGGUCCGAAUUCUCGGCUGCCCCCUAGGUGGGGUGAAGUGUCCUGUCUUCUGCCUUUGCUCCGGUGCCAGCUGCAGGAUGAACUGUCGAUCAGAAGUGCUGGAAGUGUCGGUGGAGGGGCGGCAGGUGGAGGAGGCCAUGCUGGCCGUGCUGCACACAGUGCUCCUACACCGCAGCACGGGCAAGUUUCACUACAAGAAAGAGGGGACCUACUCCAUUGGCACUGUGGGCAUCCAGGAUGUUGACUGUGACUUCAUUGACUUCACAUAUGUGCGUGUCUCCUCUGAGGAGCUGGACCGGGCCUUGCGCAAGGUCGUUGGGGAAUUCAAGGAUGCACUACGAAAUUCAGGUGGUGAUGGGCUAGGCCAGAUGUCCUUGGAAUUUUAUCAGAAGAAGAAGUCUCGAUGGCCUUUUUCAGAUGAGUGCAUCCCUUGGGAGGUGUGGACAGUCAAGGUGCAUGUGGUAGCCCUGGCCACAGAGCAGGAGCGGCAGAUCUGCCGAGAGAAGGUGGGUGAGAAGCUCUGUGAGAAGAUCAUCAAUAUUGUGGAGGUGAUGAGCCGGCAUGAGUACCUGCCCAAGAUGCCCACUCAGUCAGAGGUGGACAACGUGUUUGACACAGGCUUGCGGGACGUGCAGCCCUAUCUCUACAAGAUCUCCUUUCAGAUCACUGAUGCCCUGGGCACCUCAGUCACCACCACCAUGCGCAGGCUCAUCAAAGACACCCUUGCCCUGUAGGCCUUGCUGGAGUCUUGGCGACUCCGUGAUGGCUCUGGGAGUCCAAUGCGGGGGUCUUGGGGCUCUGGAACCUGCUCUGGACCCUUGAUAAGACUUGAAGAGAAGCUCCUGGUGUCCUUGUUUUGUAGUUACUGGCUUCUGGUGACCUUGCCACCUUUGUAGUGGUUCUGUCCUGGAUGCAGCCUCUCCACACCUUCCUUGGUGGGGUUCUCUUUCUACACUGUGCAGGACUACCAUGAAGGUGGCAAAUAAAGUUGAGAUGUGAGUUUG